CUUCUCUCCACACAGAGCGUUUGUGAUGAACUGAUUAACUACUUACUUUAACCACCUGCAGACAUGUCUCUUUGUCUCUGAGUUCACACACAGAAAUUGGAGGAGCAGCUAUGAGUUUAACUGCCGCCGUGAGUGGAUUUGUCGUCCUUCUCCUCAGCGUACCAGUGAUGCGUGGUCUGAACAGCUGGAGAGUGACUUACAAACCUGCUCAGAUCUGUGCCUUCAAAGGAUCAACAGUGAAGAUCCACUCCACCUACAAAUAUCCGUCCACAACAAACCCUGUUAGUCUAGCUGAGAAAACAUUUUGGUUCACGAAAGAGAGUAAUGGUGUGUAUGUGGAUCUGAGGACGGACCCGGAGUACUCAGGUCGUGUGCAGUAUGACUGUGUGGGGUACACCUGCACGCUGACAAUCACAGACCUGAGAGAGAGCGACUCGGCCCAAUACUAUUUCAGAAUACUGACAAUCCAACCAGAUGGGAAAUAUACUGGUUCACCUGGAGUCUCUCUGUCCGUCUCAGAUCUCCAGGUGCAGGUGAGCAGACUCGAGGUCAACCAGCAGCACACUUCGGCACAGCUGACGUGUCACAGCAGCUGUCCUCUGCCCGGCUCUCCUCUCUUCAUCUGGUACAAGAAUGGACAGAAUUUUUUGGGACUGUCGUCUCUGUCUUAUUUAGACACCAUUUACGAUUCUGCAGACAGCUAUUCCUGCGCUGUAAAAGGACACGAGGACGUCCCCUCUCCUUCACUGCUGAUGCAGGCGGAAAACGGCUGGGAAGUGACUUACAAACCGACUGAGAUCUGCGCCUUCAGAGGAUCAACGGUGAGCUUACGCUGCACCUAUCGAUACCCAUUCACCAUCCACCCCGCUCAGCCGCCUCUGGAAACAUGCUGGUCUAGGACAGAGAGUGAUGGUGCUUGUGUAGAUCUGAGGACGGACUCGGAGUAUUCAGGUCGUGUGCAGAAUCACUGUGAAAACAACGACUGCACUCUGACCAUCACAGACCUGAAAGAGAGCGACUCGGCUGAGUACAGGUUCAGCUUCAUAACAGACCAGCAAGGUGAAAGAUACACCGGUUCACCUGGAGUCGCUCUGUCUGUCACAGAUCCACAGCUGCAGGUUCAUGUGAGGAGAUCAGCAGUAAACCCGUAUGUUACCUGGACAGAGCUGACGUGUCACAGCGAGUGUCCGCUGCCCGAUCGUUCGUUUUACAUCUGGUACAAGAAUGGACACAAAGUUAAAGAUGAGAAAGUUUAUUUUCAUCCACACCCAUUAAAUCCUGCAGACAACUAUUACUGCGCUGUAAAAGGAUACGAGAUGUUCCACUCUCCCUCAGUGUAUGCUCCAAAGCAUCCCUCUGUGUCAGUGAGUCCCUCUGCUGAGAUAGAGGAGGGCAGCUCAGUGACUCUGAGCUGCAGCAGUGAUGCUAACCCAGCAGCUAACUACAGCUGGUACAAGGAGAACCAAACACUGCUCAGUGAAGGACCACAGUUUGUCUUCAGCUCCAUCCAGUCCUCUGAUUAUGGACAGUAUUACUGUGCUGCUGAGAACGAGCUGGGGAGAAGGACGUCUACAUAUGUGUUCAUCAAUGUGAAAUAUGCUCCAAAGCGUCCCUCUGUAUCAGUGAGUCCCUCUGCUGAGAUAGAGGAGGGCAGCUCAGUGACUCUGAGCUGCAGCAGUGAUGCUAACCCAGCAGCUAACUACACCUGGUACAAGGAGAACCAAACACUGCUCAGUGAAGGACCACAGUUUGUCUUCAGCUCCAUCCAGUCCUCUGAUUAUGGACAGUAUUGCUGUGUUGCUGAGAACGAGCUGGGGAGAAGGACGUCUACAUAUGUCUUCAUCAAUGUGAAAUAUGCUCCAAAGCGUCCCUCUGUGUCAGUGAGUCCCUCUGCUGAGAUAGUGGAGGGCAGCUCAGUGACUCUGAGCUGCAGCAGUGAUGCUAACCCAGCAGCUAACUACACCUGGUACAAGGAGAACCAAACACUGGUUCAGAGACCAGAAGGAAAUUAUAAUUUCACCUCCAUCAGCUCUGAGGACAGCGGGAUGUACUACUGCAAAUCUGAGAAUCAGUAUGGACAGAUUAACUCCUCAUCUCUGAUCAUAGAUGUCCAGUAUGCUCCAAAGCGUCCCUCUGUGUCAGUGAGUCCCUCUGCUGAGAUAGAGGAGGGCAGCUCAGUGACUCUGAGCUGCAGCAGUGAUGCUAACCCAGCAGCUAACUACACCUGGUACAAGGAGAACCAAACACUGGUUCAGGGACCAGACGGCAUUUAUCAUGUCACCUCCAUCAGGUCUGAGGACAGCGGGAUCUACCACUGCAAGUCUGAGAAUCAACAUGGACAGAUCAGCUCUACGUCUGUAUUCAUAAAUGUUCAGUAUGCUCCAAAGCGUCCCUCUGUGUCAGUGAGUCCCUCAAAGAUAGAGGAGGGCAGCUCAGUGACUCUGACCUGCAGCAGUGACGCUAACCCAGCAGCUAACUACACCUGGUACAAGGAGGAUGAAGACUCACCAAAAGCAUCCGGACAGAUUUUCAUCAUCACCAACUUCAGAGCCGAACACAGCGGGAAUUAUUACUGUGAAGCCAAAAACACAAGAGGACGACGUAACUCCACCUUACAGCUGAUCGUUGCUGCAGCUUUCCCAGAAGCAUGGAAAAUAGUGGUUGUUGGAACAGCCCCAGGUUUUGUCCUGGUUAUCAUAUGGCACUCUGUCUUUUUUCUGAUAAGAAAAAGAAGGGCCUCCAAGAAACCGUCCAAGCCUGGGGAGAGAGCAGACAACAGGGAACAGUCAGCGGAUCAGGGGGACCUUCACUAUGCCAGUGUCCAGUUUGUCAAGAACCAGACAGAUCCUGUGUACUCCAACAUCAGACCAACAGGACUCCACAUCGAUGAGGAAGAAGAAGAAGAAGAAGAAGAAGAAGAAGAAGAAGAAGAAGAAGAAGUCAAGUACGCCACUGUCAACUUCAACAGCGCUGGCCCUCUCCUGAGAACAAGCGAUCAGGAAUCUGUGGAGGAUCCAGCUGCAGUGUACAGUACAGUGAGCAAAACUACCUAACACAACAGGAGUCAGGACAAAGUUUGUCAGUCUCUAAAUCGGACGGGACAAAACUUUGGUCCAGACUUUAAACAGCUCAACUGCUCUGUGGACUGCCGUAAAAUUUUGUACUGACAUUCAUGAUCAUCCCCUGACUUUAAAUUCAGCGCCAAAGCAUAAUGACAUUUUUUUCCUGUUUGUGACGUCUUGACAACUAAUGGAUGGAUUGUCCUAAAAUUUCGUUAAAGUGUCCAUGGUGCUCAAAGCAUAAAGAGCCAUUCACACCAAGAACGAUAACUAUAACUAUAAAUAGUUUUAAAAAUGAUUCCAACUCAAGUGGAGUCCACACUACAACUAUAACGACAACAAAAGUGGCGAACCAAACUGUCUGGAUCACUCCUAGAGGGAUUUCAUGAACGAUAGAAAUGCUUACAGCCGAUCUUAUUUAGACGUCACAUCCAACGUAGAUCCCAACAUCUAAUUUGGACCCCAAAAUGUAUGUUUUCAUGUUGAAAAAGAUGUAUGAAGCUGUGGACUAUUUUACUGUUUGUUUUUAUUCCUGUGAAUUAAGUUAUCAAUAAUUGAUUAAUCUCCCUGACUGUAGCAGAUUCUGGCCACUAGAUUGUGGUGUUGACUGUUUUCAGGAGAGGAAGAUGAAAGACAAAGUCCUCAGUGUCAGUUAAAAAAUAUCACCUUAAUAUGACAAUUUAUAGGCUACAUAAUGAUUUUGAAUUUAGAUCCAAAUCCUCUGAAUUUAAAGUGUUAGAUUUGGGUGUAAAUAUUACAAUAUUGGCUAAUAGCAGCAGAUAUCUGUCAUUUAGGAUUUAGGACCAACCUUUAACAUGGUAUAAUCACUAAAUCACUGCUAUUAAUGGUCAUAUUAGCUAUAAUUGGGCUGCAGAUUAUACAAAAAAAGUCAUUUGAGCUGAGACAUGCAACCAAAUGGCUUCUGGCACCAGUGGGGUCUCUUGUCUUCAAAAGAUGACACCUCACAUAAUAAAUAAUGUGAAUUUGUCCUGCU